CCCCUCCGCCGUUAGUGCAAUAAGAUCCAGGCGAAACUCGUCUCCGAUCUGUCGCUUCGUAGCCGUAGGCUCGCCGGAUCUCAGCUAGCUUCCGAUCUGCUCUGCUAAAACCUCACCUGCUGAGGUACCGGCGAUUCGACACGCAUUCCUCUCUCGCUCUCUACUUCCCGAAAGAUGCCUCUCAGACUAGAAAUUAAGAGGAAACUUGCUCAAAGGUCUGAAAGGGUAAAAUCUGUGGAUUUACAUCCAACUGAACCAUGGAUUCUUGCGGGCCUUUAUUCUGGAACGGUUGUUAUCUGGAACUAUCAAUCACAGUCAAUGGUAAAAUCCUUCGAAGUAACUGAAUUACCAGUGAGAUCAGCAAAGUUUGUAGCACGUAAGCAAUGGGUUGUGGCUGGUGCAGAUGAUAUGUUCAUCCGUGUCUACAAUUACAAUACAAUGGACAAAGUUAAAGUAUUUGAGGCGCAUACAGACUACAUUAGGUGUGUGUGUGUACAUCCAACCCUGCCAUAUGUGUUGUCAUCAUCCGAUGAUGUGUUGAUAAAGCUUUGGGACUGGGAGAAGGGUUGGAUGUGUACCCAAAUUUUCGAAGGACAUUCUCACUAUGUGAUGCAAGUGACCUUUAAUCCAAAAGACACCAAUACUUUUGCAAGUGCCUCUUUGGACCGAACAGUAAAGAUAUGGAAUCUUGGUUCUCCUGAUUCAAAUUUUACAUUAGAUGCUCAUUCCAAAGGAGUAAACUGUGUUGAUUAUUUUAGUGGAGGUGAUAGGCCAUAUUUGAUUACUGGUUCUGAUGAUCAGACUGCAAAAAUCUGGGACUACCAAACCAAAAGUUGUGUACAAACACUUGAAGGUCACACACAUAAUGUCUCAGCUGUCUGUUUCCAUCCUGAGCUUCCAAUAAUAAUAACUGGUUCAGAGGAUGGAACUGUUAGAAUUUGGCAUGCAACUACAUAUAGACUUGAAAAUACACUAAACUAUGGUCUGGAACGAGUUUGGGCUGUAGGAUACAUGAAAGGAUCAAGGAGAAUUGUAAUAGGAUAUGAUGAAGGAACCAUUAUGGUAAAGAUUGGCCGUGAAGUACCAGUUGCAAGCAUGGAAAGCAGUGGAAAAAUCAUAUGGGCAAAACAUAAUGAGAUUCAAACAGUUAAUAUCAAGUCAGUAGGAGCAGACUUCGAGGCUACAGACGGUGAAAGAUUGCCUUUAGUUGUCAAGGAGUUGGGAAGCUGUGAUCUCUACCCACAAAUUUUGAAACAUAACCCAAAUGGAAGAUUUGUUGUCGUCUGUGGAGAUGGAGAAUAUAUUAUCUAUACUGCAUUAGCUUGGAGAAAUCGAUAUUUUGGAUCUGCUUUGGAGUUUGUCUGGUCUUCUGAUGGGGAGUAUGCAAUCAGAGAAAGUUCAUCAAAAAUUAAAAUUUUCAGUAAAACCUUCCAGGAGAGAAAAAGUAUACGGCCAACAUUUUCUGCUGAACAUAUUUAUGGAGGUAUUCUAUUGGCAAUGUGCGCCAAUGACUUCAUUUGUUUUUAUGAUUGGGCUGAGUGUAGAUUAAUACGUCGGAUUGAUGUCAGUGUUAAAAAACUUUACUGGGCUGAUAGUGGUGACCUUCUGAUCAUAGCAAGUGAUACAUCAUUCUACAUCCUAAAGUACAAUAGAGAUGUUGUGUUCUCUUACCUAGAAAAUGGUAAGCCAAUCGAUGAUGAAGGGGUUGAAGAUGCAUUUGAGCUUCUUCAUGAAGUAAAUGAACGUGUUCGUUCUGGUAUGUGGGUUGGCGAUUGUUUUAUUUAUAACAAUUCUUCUUGGCGACUCAAUUAUUGUGUUGGUGGAGAGGUCACCACCAUGUUUCAUUUGGACCGUCCUAUGUAUUUGCUGGGAUAUAUUGCUAGUCAAAGCCAGGUGUAUCUUAUUGACAAAGAGUUCAAUAUCUUGGGCUAUACAUUACUGCUCAGUUUGAUUGAGUACAAAACUCUCAUUAUGCGUGGGGAUUUAGAACAUGCAAAUGGAAUUCUUCCAUCAAUACCAAGGGAACAACAUAAUAGUGUGGCUCAUUUCUUGGAAUCUCGAGGCAUGCUGGAGGAUGCUCUUGAGGUGGCAACAGAUCCUAAUUACAGAUUUGAUCUAGCUGUUCAACUUGGUAGAUUGGAAAUUGCAAAGGUGAUUGCUAUUGAAUUACAAAGUGAAUCAAAGUGGAAGCAGUUGGGAGAAUUGGCUAUGUCUACUGGAAAACUAGAGAUGGCUGAAGAAUGCCUGUUGCAUGCUAUGGAUUUAAGUGGAUUAUUGCUCCUUUAUUCUGCUCUUGGUGAUGCUGAAGGGAUAACUGAACUUUCAUCUCUUGCAAAAGAGCAAGGAAAGAAUAAUGUGGCAUUUCUUUCCCUAUUCAUUUUAGGUAAAUUGGAAGAUUGCCUUCAGUUAUUGGUGGACAGUAAUCGCAUUCCGGAAGCUGCACUAAUGGCAAGAUCAUAUCUACCAAGCCAAGUCUCAAAGAUUGUUUCAAUUUGGAAAAAGGAUCUUAGUAAGGUCAAUCCAAAAGCUGCAGAUUCUUUGGCUGAUCCUGAAGGGUAUCCUAAUUUGUUUGAGGAUUGGCAGAUUGCUCUGGCUGUUGAAGCAAAUCUUGCUCCUAACAGGGGUAAUUAUCCUCCUGCUGACAAAUACUUGGGCUAUGUGGACAAGUCAAAUAUCAAUCUUGUGGAAGCCUUUAGAAGAAUGCAAGUUGAUGAAGAGAGUAUACCCCUUGAAAAUGGGAGUUAUGAUUAUGAGGUGACACAGGAAGAUCGGGUAGAGGAUAUUGAAGAGGAACCUGUUGAAGUUGAUGUAGAUGAUUCUACAGACAUUGCUGUCCUUGUCAACGGGAAUGAGGUUAUGUUGUCUGUAGUAUGCUUGGCCUCUUUCUGUUUCUGCACUGCAAAUAGGGAAAGUUCAAGAAAGAAAACAUAUUGCUUCAACCAGGCUUUCUUGUCAAUUACUGCUGGUUAUCUAGAUUGGUGCUAACUCCACAUGGAUAGCAUUUCACAAGACAGGUAUUUUCAGUAGCUAAUGAAGUUCAUUUCAGCUUCCUCUUAUAUCACUUUGGUGGUUUUAUGAAAUGUAAUUUGUAUAUGUCAAAAAUAAAAAUAUGCUAUGUCUUCUACUAGGUCUUUUGUCAUAUAAACUUGCCGACAUUUGCAAUCUGUUCCGAUCUUGGACCGGGUUUCACAUAAAAAAAAAAUCAAUAUUGGCUCUAUCAAUAAAAAAAGUUAUAAUUUAGGUGAAAAACAUACAAAAUGAAAAAAAGGAUGAAUAAAUUUUGUUUGUUGAACAAGACCAACAAAAGAUCUGAUGUCAUUACUUAUAUCGGUCCACCUCUCACACGUCCAUGGAUCGUGGUUGGCCAACGGCUUAUCAACCUCAGCUAUCACCUCACUUAGAUUGCAUCUGGCCAGAAUCUUCCCUUCUUGUUGGGUACUUGUGUUCCUCCACGUUUGUCUCAAUGCUUCUGCAUCAGCCACUUACUAUGUUAGAAGCAAUCGUCCGCGUUGGGCAUUAUUAGCCUAUUUUGAGUUGAUUUUAAAAGGGGUUUAUGUGAUUCAAAGAUUUUCUGA